UUUUUACAUUUCAUUUCAUUGUCAGAUGUUUCAAUUGGGAAGUUGAACAAUCAUACAAAGACUGAACGGAAAUGACAUUUGAUCUCUUCAUUUGUCAUCGAUCAAAAUUUGUUGUUUUUUGUUCGUGAACCGUCAGUGUCUGUUAUCACCCCUUUGAUCCAUCUAAAGUCGAAACUCCUGUUUUCGUUUCUCUAUUCGUUUCUAGUUGCUCUUCACUCGAUGCAGUUUCUCAUUGGUAGGGCAAUCUUUCGGCAGUUUAACUAUUGCCUUAGUCGUAAUUUUAGUUUAAAAUCUAUAAAAAAUUCCCAAAUGAGUCAACAAGUUUCUGCAGCAGCAGCAGAAAAUGCCAACUUUUUCCUUAAUGACUCUAGCACAUCAGGUAAAGCUCUCUGCUUUGGUUUUCAACAACUUGCAACUCAAUGCCAAGAAGUUGCCCCAUUGCUUGACAAAAUCAAGCGGGAAGCUCCCAAGUUUGACCUUGAUGUAGACACCCCUGGAAAUGGGUACAGGAGUUUCGUAAUCAUUUUUGAAGCUCUGUUCAAGCGAUGUUCAUCUCUAUGUGAUCUAGUGAAAAGUCAACGGUCCCAAGUAGUAUUUAAUCUGUACAAAUAUUCCUACAUUCAAGAUCUCAAGUCUUGGAAUGAGAUGAUUGUGUCUUUAAACACAUUCCUGGAACAUCUCAAUACUCUGUUGGAGUGGAAUGAAAAGGAUAGAGUUCGCUGCUUGUUCCCAUCUGAAACACACUCUUCACAAGAGCUACUGGAUAAAGCAAGAACCAUAGAAUCAUACAGUUUCUACGGUAGGCAUGCAGCCUUCCAAUACUGUUCGUCGAUAGAGAGUGUUUUGAAGGGCUUAUUGACAAUCAUGGCGGGGUACAGCGACUACUAUUUUAGCACAUCUCCUCAUCUCUGGCGUGUAGCCAAAAGCCUAUUUAUGAGUACACAGUAUACUUUGGAUGCUGAACAUCGCGCAAGAAGAAUAGUCCACGCAUCUCAAUACGCCACGGUUGACUUCUGCAAAUCCUUUUGGUUCCUAGCUGAAUCAGAUCUGAUGAAAAAAGUACCUGAUCGAAUUUGCCCUGCAAUUAGAGUAAAUCAACUUAUUCUUAUCCCACCUGAACCGCUACAAAUUGACUCAACGAAAUGCAAGCCUGUCAAUAUACCUGCACCAAGCGCUCACGGUCCAAUCGCACCUAUCCAAGUCCGUUUACUAAGUGCCAAAGGUCGACCUGGAAUGCCAGGCCAAAACGAUUACUCUGAAGCCACCGUCUCUGACAGUUUAAUCAUCCACUGCCAUGGAGGGGGAUUUGUUGCACAAAGUUCUUCGUCACACGAAACUUAUUUACGUCAUUGGGCUGUUGCCUUGGACGUUCCCAUCCUGUCGAUUGAUUACUCGUUGGCACCCGAGUAUCCUUUUCCACGCCAGCUACAAGAAAUUCUUUUCGUUUAUGCUUGGAUCCAGCGUAACCCAAGUGUAGCUGGCACAACAGCCAAAAAGAUCAUUUUUGCUGGCGAUUCUGCUGGUGCAAAUCUCAUGUUAGGUACGACAUUAUGGGCUUCGGACAUGAACUUACGCCUUCCUGACGGGAUUUUCUUGGCAUAUGUUCCAUUGUUGGUUCAAUUUGAGCCAUCUCCAUCUCGACUCCUCUGUCUUCUGGAUCCGUUACUUCCGUUUGGAUUCAUGAUGCGAUGCCUGAGUGCUUAUGCUGGUAAACCUGACAUUUUGCCUUCUCACUCCGGUGGCCGCUACAGUGAAGCUGAUGGUAGAGUUAAAGAAAUUGUAGACCAGAUAAAUACGACCACCUCUCAGGAAUCAACUGAAUCAAAAACUAAACAUAAUACUGUGAUCGAUCCUGAGCAGCUGGAUAGGCUUAUGGCCCAUAGUCCUGCAGAUGAGCUGGAUUUGUUCCGUGUUUCCAGCAACCCCUUAAUGUCUCCAUUUUUGGCAUCGGAUAGUGCCUUGAAGAAAAUGCCUCCAAUCAGUCUUCUUACGAUCGAAUUAGAUCCUUGUUUAGAUGAUUCUGUCGAAUUCGCCAAACGAUGCCGUCGAUUGGGUUGUGAUAUUCGCCUCGAUAUUCUCCCGGGGCUUCCGCAUGGAUUUCUCAAUUUUGCUUUGCUAAGUCGCGAAGCAAAGGAAGGUUCAAAAUUGUGUGUCAAGAGGAUUCGCGAGCUGUUCAAGAAAUGUAGCGAUGCGGCACUAUGAUGGGAAAAUAUCUGUGAUGUGUUAGUUGUGCUAUGGUAGUCUAUUCAGAAGUUUCCUUUUCUACUAGUCCUUACUAAGUGUUCCUUAAAUUAGCAUUAGGUCGUGGUAGAAUCGUUUUUUAAGAAGUUGUUAAAAGGAUGAAAAAAUUAUCUGUUCAACGGAACUUUAACAACACUUUUCUCAACAGCUUCCCUUAAUUGAAAAAAUUUAAAUUUUCUUAUUCAAUCUGGAUAUCUGGAUAAACUGAGUGUAUUAAAUUACCACUCUUUAUCCUUAAACAAUUAAAAGUAAUUAAAUGUAAACAAUCAAGUUCCGAUUGCUACCAAACUUUAAAAUACUUCUUCCCUGUUCUGUAAACAAACCACGUACAAUGCACACAAAUAAAAAAAAUUGACUCAA